UUCGAACGAAGCGGUCGUGUCGUUCCGGGCGAUCUUCAAACCUUUAGACACAAGAUACAAAAUUUCAAACCAAAAACCACUUGUAGGCGCGCUUCAGCCGAAAGGACUGUGAAAUUAUGUGCUAGAGUGUUGAUGGCAUGUCUAUAUCGUAUAUUGAAUAAUUUAUGCGAACCAAUUUGGUGCGGCUUUUGGUGCAGCGAUUGCUCUUGACUUUGUUUUUGAGCUUGUGCAAAUUCGCCACUGCAAUUUGAGCUUGAUGCAACGGCUCGACUGCUGCUGUCUCUGACAUUUGAUCUUUGCAAAGAUCACAUCGCACACACUGAAUCACCUCGCACCGCCUCGCAUCGGAUGUGUUAAGAGAGGUCCGCGGCGACCAUAUGGAAUAUAUUUUAGCACACCACCACCUACGGCGACAAUUAGUUUGUACAAUUUAAGUUACUCCGUCAACUAAACGACGACGCGGGCGAAGUUUUAAGCUCACCAACGACGCAAUCUCCCCCACAACUCCCCUCGCACGUAACCAAUAGAGAAUCAAAUCAGCGAAAUGUUGGCGAAAACGCAAAUUAUACCAACGCAAUGGCGACUUUUGACCCUGGCAUUGUUCUGCUCAGCUUUAUUUUUGGCCAGUGAGGCUCAAAAUGCCAUCCAGACAACCAAUCCUGCCUCGCACUUGAUGCAGAAGACAUCGUUCUCCUGCGCCGGACGCCCAGCCGGAUAUUAUGCGGAUGUGGAGACGGGCUGCCAGGUGUACCACAUGUGCGAUGGCCUCGGUAGGCAGUUCAGUUACACAUGCCCGAAUACCACACUUUUCCAGCAGCGGAUGCUCAUUUGCGACCACUGGUACAUGGUCAACUGUUCCAAGGCGGAGAGCAACUAUGCCGCCAAUCUCCUAAUUGGUCAGCGGGAUAAGCCCUUUGUGAACGACGAGGAAAACAGCUUGCGCACUCCUAGACCUGAUCUUCUCGAUCGCCCUUAUGCGCCCGACUAUUCCGGAGAAUCCUUUAGAAGCCAAUAUAAGCAGCUGACUUCAAACCAGAACCAGAUACGUGAUGAAUCGGUCAAAGGUGCCGGAGCGGGAAAAUUGGAUCCUCAGAUAUCGCAGACACGUUGGCGUAUUCCACCGCCCAGCAGGACAAUCCUACCGCCAGCUUAUGAGCCGCAAAUUGAACUUCCCAGUGCAACAGCUAAGCCGAGGAUAACCACUACCACGACAGCCACUCGAGCAACUACUACCACUCGACCUACUACCACCACUCGUGCUACUACUACCACAACAACCACAACUAGGAGGCCCACGGUGACCACAAAGCGCACGGAGGCCUUGCACAAUCGGAGACCAAUUUUCCAGACUUUGGAACAGGAAACGGAUGAUCUGGGAACUAGCCACAGUACCCGAUACAACACUUCAGCUGAUUUCAACUCGGCGGAGUCACCAAUCCGUGGCACCAAGCAAUCCAACACCAAGUUGACCAAGUUUGUCAAGACGCCUUCGAAGAUCUACGAACCGCCCUUCGUGUAUCCCAUCUACAAUCUGGACGAGCCGCAGAAUCAGAACGGGAUAAUCCCCUCCACCACGUUGCGAACUUCCACGGCGGCUCCAUUCAGUCCGGGUCCCAGUCGAACGGAAAGCACAACAACUACUCCCAGGCCACUGAGUAGGCCAACGACCUUGGCCGGUGUGCCCUUCUCCUUUGCCACUCAGCCCACUACAGUUACUACAUUGGGAGUACCGCCACGAAGCGAAAAUCGAACACCAGCACCGGCUCAGAGCUUCCGCCUGGCCACGCCCUCUAGUACUGCAGCACCACCCCCGGCCCCGGCACAGAUGCCUUUCAACGAUUUGCUGCCGCCGUUCGUAGACUUUGUGCCUCAUGACAUAGCCACAACCCAGGGACCGCCCAUCUACUACGAAUGGAAAGUGCCAUCGAACGGCCUUGAGCCUCCCAAAUUGGACCCACCAAUUGGUGUGGAUGGACGCGAAUAUCCCGAGACUACAGGAGACUACGCAGUUAGCAGCAAGCAGGAUGUAUUCAACACCCGGUUAAACGAUAUCGGAAGCAACCAAAAGAAACCGGUUCAGGUUACCUCGCCUCUCCAGCAGUCAAGCACCAGCCACCGUCUGGCCAUUUCGAGAUCCAUCAAGCCCAAGGAGGAGGAGAAGCUGCAGCCUGAACAGGCUCAGCGACGCUCUGAUGUGGUGGCCAGCUCCACUGAUAUCACCCAUCUGCGCAAGCAAUUGCUUAUUCCAGAGUAUGCUUUCCCCCUGGAAACCAUCGGUCGAACGGGGUACGGACCCGGAGGAGGAGCGGCAGCGGGAGCUGGGAGUUCUAGCAAUGGGGAUCUUUAUAACUCGUUCCAGCUAAAGAUCCCUGAGCAGCGCGCCAAGUGGUUCGGCGAGAACCCGAAGUGCCCAGAGUGCCAUCCUUCGUUCGUCCUGCCGGGCACCUGCGAGCCAUGCCUGCGCAGAUAGUCCCGCUUCCAUUCCGGUUUCCGUCCGUCCCAUCGUUCAUUAGCCGCAUCCAUUAUCCGCAUCCGCAUCUGCAUCUGCAUCUGCUCCUAGCCCUAGUAUUAGCCUCCGCUGAGAAACCCCGGAGAGAAGCAUCCACGCAUUUAAGUGUUAAUGUUAUUGUAUAUCCGCAGAUUAAUUAUUAAACUACACAAAUAUCUUUGUGAAUAAUGUA